AUGGAAAAUAGUCAAGUGUCGGAGGGAUCAAAAACUGAAAGAAAAAGUUUGAUUGAGAGAGAUGGCACUGAUGAUAGCGUUGAUGAUAUUGAUUUUGAUGGAGUUAACGUUGAAAGUUGUUUUAGAUAUGCAAAUAAUAAAAGCCAUUAUGGUAAGUAUCAAUAUAAAAUCUCAAGUCUUGAUGUGUGUGGUGAAAGGGGUUGUAACAAUAAAAAUGCAAUAGGUGAAUUUCAGUAUGUUGAGGAUGAUAAAAUCAACGAAAGUUUUAAUGAAGCAUCUGGUAAAGGUAAACCUGCUAAAAUGGGAAAUGAGGAGCGAUCGGUGGUUCUGGGAGUUUUAAAUAUCAGAUCUAUAAUAACAAAAUUCAGCUCUAUUUAUGGUUUGAUUCACGAAGGCCUAGACAUCUUUGUUUUGACGGAGAGCUGGCAUGGUUCGGCAGAUAAUAUUUCCAUUGGAUAUAAAAAGAUCACUCUGCCACUGGUUACUGCUUUCAAGGUUCUGGCGGUGAAACUUAAAAUUAAUGAAUUAGAUUAUAUCCUACUGGCAAUUUACAGACCUGGAUCUGAACAAUUAACGACAUCAUUUUAUGAUAAACUGAUUUCGGUCUUAGAAUGUGUUACAAUCAUUAGUUCCCGUAUUUUGUUAGCGGGAGAUUUUAACAUUCCCAUGGAGAAGUCGAACAAUCCAAACGUUGUUAAUUUACGUGAAAUAUUUGAAAUGUUUCAGUUGAUCAACCAGAUAGAUGAACCAACGCAUAUUCUAGGAGGAACGCUCGAUCUGAUUGUGACGUCACACAAUAUAGCUGUCAGUGAAGCAAAGGUUUAUCCUAGUGGAAUCUAUUCUGAUCAUGGUUUGAUACAGUGUUUUGAUGUGGGAAGAUCCUUCAUAUCAUUAAUGAUAGGAAUAGCGCUAUAA